CCAAAUUUUAACCUACCUUAAAAAUAAAAAAUAAAAAAAAAAUAAAUUUAAUUAUUUGCACAAUGGCCACGGUCAAUGCGAAUCCCAUCAGCGCCAGUUGUCAUAGCAUCGCCUCGGCUGGCGGCCCGAGUGCUGGUAGUUUGGGUACGAUUGUUAUUGGCGGCGGCACGACACCGUGCCAACAGCGUUCGACAACUCACUAUGUCAACGGCACUGGCAGUUUGGGCCGUCUCAAGUAUCAUCAUAAGCACAAGAUUCUGGAUGCAAGCGAUGAGGAGCUCGAUUAUUCGCAGCUCUCACAAUCAACUCAUAUCAUGGGACGUGUAAGAUCUGAACGUUUUCUAGCAUCAAAACCCGAUGAAGAUCGUCGCAGAAGAACGAUUAUUAUUGAAAAAAAGAAUGACUCAUACGGUUUCACGCUGCAGAGCUAUGGCAUACAUUAUAAGAAGGAUCAGGAAGUGGAGAUGAUCACCUACGUCGACUAUGUUGAGUAUGAUGGGCCGGCUUAUAAGGCGGGUAUGCGCGAGGGCGAUGUAAUACUCUCCAUAAAUGGCAGCGAUAUGGAAAAGGCUGAUCAUAAGACAAUUGUUGACUUCAUCAAAAAUUGUGACACGCGCAUGCGUAUGGUGGUACUCUUUGAAGACUGUGUGCGAAAGGUCGAUCUGCACAUGCGCUACAUACAGUUGCAGAAUUUACUGCACAACAAAAUGAACGAACUGGAGCGUAUUUGUUUGCGAGAACGUGAACUGCUCGAAGGCAAAUGGAAAACACAUAGUUUGCCCGCGCGUAAAAAGGCUACCACCUCACCGACAGACGCUGAAAGCGGCGUCUCGCCAACCGAUGGCGAUGGUCAAAAUUUGCCCUACUACCGGCCAGCGCUCUCCACCGAAGAUGUGCCCAGCAUGGCGAGGCAUCAAACUCACCCGGCAAUUAUACCGCCUCCAGCGCAAUUUACGCUCACCUACCAUUAUUUGGAUCCGACAUAUCGCUAUGUAAUGAAGCCAUCUACUUCAAACAGCAGCGGUGAGUAUUUAGCCGGCUCUGCCAGCGGUACUGAGGGCAUACAGCGCAGCCCAAGCGAACAUCAUUUUAUUUUGCGUCAUACGGAAUCUUUGGACACGGCCACUGGUAUAGCAAGUCUUUCCCAUCGCAGCGCUUUAAGUCAGCAACGAAGCGGAGCUGCAAGCUCACAAACACCACCUGUACCGCCACCACGCACGUGUGAAAAACAUAAACCGCCAAAUAAACAGCACUCAGUGGAGCAACGGCAAUAUCAGCAACAACAGCAGCAACAUCAAGGGAAUACCGUUGUGAGCGCACAGAAAACCCACAAAUCCGCCAAACAUUGUUACGGCCAUUCGUGCAAUCCUUGUAUUGGUCACUUCCGCUGGAAGUCGGCUGAAAAGGCUGCAGCCACAGCGUCAACAGUUGGUGGCGUAGGUGCCGGUGGUAUGGCUGUAGUUGGUGGGAAUGGUGACAAUGUAAGUUUGGAUGCGUACGAUUUGGCUAGUCCGUGUUGUGAUGCUCAUUGUGUGCCCACCCGUCGUCGUACACGUCACAAAGAGCACACGCACAAGCAUAAGCAUCGUGAUCGUGAACGUGAUUCGAAAGAACGUCAGCCGAGACCAAAGUCGCAAUCGUCACACACAUCACCUGGCACCACGCGUCAUCACAUGCAUCACCAUCACCAUCAUACAACACAGGAUACGUUGCAACAUCAGCAACAACCGCAACCGCAACAGCAACCGCAGCUACACCAACAUCAGCAACAACAACAACCACAUCAUCACCACCAUCACAUUUCGCCACAGCAGCAGCCACAACAGACACACGGAGCCUGUGAUUCCCACAAUGGUAGCAUGCGUUCGCGUUAUUAUGACUUGACUACGGGUCUGAUGAGCCAUUGCAGUCUACACUCGUGCACUUCUAGCGAGUUUGCACCCGCCGAUUCUACUUCGUACACCACGUCGCUCAGUACAGACACCUUGUAUUGGGAUCCGAAGAGUGAGCAUUCGGCAUCACGUCAACACUCCACCAAAUCACACCAAUCCUACCAACAGCGUGCACAAUCACAUGAUCAACAAUCACAAUCUCAACAACAACAACAACAACAACAUCCACAACAACAACAACAACCACAAAAUCCGACCGCACAUGUGCAUGGCAUUUAUCAGCAACGUUAUCACAUUACCGCCACUCAAGUGCAACCCUCACAAAUUUAUCCACAAGUUGCAUACGUGCAAAAGCCAAAAUCUUGGGAUAACCUAACCCAGAAGGCAGUGGGCGCUUAUGGCUUUGGUUAUGGUUACCUCGACACGGUGACCGUGAAGCCGACAGUGAAGCUGCAAAUCGCCCAACAACGUCACUCCAUACCACGUAAAAACCCCUACGGUCGCUACUCCACCUAUACGGAUGUGGAGAAUUAUGCUCCGCCACCAUCACAGUUCGUAGAAGAACUCAUUACAACAACAACUACCACAAAGAUUAUGGCUAAAUCAACGGAAGAAUUAAUAGCGGCGCCCAUUCCGCAAACGGCUUGUGAUUGUAUGACCAAACAGCAGCAGCAAGCGCUCAAAGCGGCACAAUAUCAACUCAAUCAGGCAGCGAAGGUGUCGCACCACAACAAUUGCCAAAUGGGUUACUAUUCACACUUGCCGCGACCAACAUUGGAUGCGGGCACUUCGACAGUGCAGACGACGACAGCAGGCGUUUCGGGUGAUGUGGCCACGGUAUCGGAAUUGACACGUUUGUAGGCAACGCUUGUUUAGGCCAAUAAAUUGGAAAAGCGAAAAUUGGUCUAAAUGUAAAUGGAAAACGUUAAAAAGAUACGAAAGAAAGGUGGUUGAGGAUAUCAAGGCAAUGCCAACAUACAAGGAUAUUCAAUAUUGUGGCUACUGAACACGUAGAGAUCAUUCAAACUUUCAUAGUAAACCAAAUAACCGUAAUGGAAAGUCAUUUAGAACCACGUUUAGAUUGAGAAACAUGUGCGGUGCUUAUGAAUGAAUUCAUUAUUUAUAAUCUGAAACCACAAGGCACUUCCUCUGCCAAUGAUCCGCACCUUGGAGAAAUCUCUAAGGGCGGUAAUCUUACGACGAUUACUGAGUUUUGCAAACUCUACACAAUGAUUUGAUUAGCGGGUGGGGCUCAUAAGGUUUCUCAGUGGUAUCAGUAUUGGCCCGUUUGGUGGCCUAAGUGAGCUGAUGCCCGGCAAUCACUUCAACCAACCAACCAACCAAGCAUAUAUGGAGUUUGAACACCGAACUUAUUAAAUUUACAGGGUGGAAAGAUGUUUUUCCGCAAUAGUCAAAUAAAUAGCAGUGUGUGUUGCUAUGAGAAGGGUCAAGAACUCGAACUCUGGUCUCACAAGCAUUCAUAUUUCAAAUUGCGUUCGAUCCUUGGCACCCCUCCGAGUGUAUGUCUGAGAUCAAAUAAAAAGGUUCUCACAAAAUAAAAUAUGAAAAACUUCGUAAAGCAACAGUGGAACUAUGGAAUGAGGUACCCACUUUCAUGGACUUGUUUAGGAAUCAUGAGCAGAUCAAAAGGUUAUGUCUGCUCUAUAAUGCUCCAAUUUUUAACGGCACUGCAUUUUUAAGCAAUUGACAUACUCUUGUGGAAAAAUUUUUUAUUUUCUAAUCGGUUUCAGCGUCCAUUAAAUAGUAUGGAACAAACUGGUAAAGGGUCUGGGCAUAUUGACUGAGAUCUUGAAAAAUAUAUCUAUGACAUAAUACAGAUGCAAAUAUGUAUUACCAGAGCCUAAACUUUUGUUCGAACUUUUUUGAGCAGACGAUGAGCAACAAUUGCUCGAACCCUUGUUCAUGGCAUUUUGAGCGAGCGAAAACUUUCGGCUUUACUCUCAGAACUUUUUUCAAUAAUUUUAAAUUUAUUUAUGUAAAGUUGAAAACUCAUGAAAAUACUAAGGAAAUUUUUGGAAACCAACUUGAAAAUUGAAAAAGUUGAGCAACGAACGAACAAGUGUUGCGCAAGUAUCGAGUUGCUGG